AUGUGGCUUCCGUUCCCGAAGCGUGAUCGCACUCUUCCAAAUGGCGUCCACCAAAAUGAUCUCUGGCCAGUCGUCCAGCCACAAAGUCCACCAUACCCAAAUGUCCAAGUCAGUAUCGCGUCACGGGCAGCUCGUGCUGUCACGAAACCCACCAAGCCUGUGCUUUCUCGGCCAGCCAGGCCGUUUCGCUUCUUUGAUCUGCCUGGCGAAAUCAGGAAUCGGAUCUAUGACCUUGUCGUACCCGAAGCCCGCGUGAUUGUCUCUGGCACCCACCCUCAGAAGGAACUUCAAGAGUUGAAGAAGCGCGAGCCCGGGAAGAAACACCAGGCGCCACGAUACCAUCUCCAGGGCACAUUCACAGGCGGAUCGACAGAGGCUUCUCUUCUCUUCUCCUGCCGCCAGAUGAAUCGCGAAGCCACCCAGUACGUGUACGCAAGAACAACAUUCUGCUUCAUCAGCUUCGUCGUCCUCAGAAAGUUCCUCAGCAACAUCCCUGAGGCAGCUUGCUCAAGCAUCGUGAGCCUAGAAAUCAGUCAUCUUGGAUACGGCGAGCCCUCAUUGUUGGCGGACCGUGAGUGGAAGCUGAGACAUGACGCCGAGUGGUCUGCGGUACUAAAACAAGUUAGACAACAAACAGCACUCAGACGGCUGGUCAUCAACAUAACCAACUUUGACUGGCCCAUCCAACUAGAAGCCAGAGAACCGUGGGCUACACCAUUGCUAGAGCUCGGGUCUGAUGGUCUGGACCGUGUCGAUGUCACAUUGGAGCAUCACGAUUUCCCACGAGAGAGGUGCACAGCGGCAGCGAAAGAGCUCGAGAACAGGAUGAUGACUAGGGAUGGCGGGAAGCAGAAGAGACAAGAGGAGAAGCGCAAAGCAGCAGAUGAGAAGAAGCGGCUCGAAGAGGCAACACGCAAGGCCACAAAGGUAUUGAUCAUCAAGCUUCCAUCUGGCGCAGCCAAGACAAGCGGCCCAGUCAAGAAAGUGGUUAGAAGCAAAGGCCUCGAGCAGUUUGCGAUAGCGCAACCUCCGAUCGCGUUCUGCUAA